AUGUACUCGUACACCAGCAGCCUCUCUUCGCCGACUCUGCAGUAUCCCAGUAAAGGCACGAGGUUUCGUUUCUUGAUUGCGACUACGCUGCCGUCUUUCAGCUGGGCCUUGUACACGUCGCCGAACCCGCCCGACCCAAUUAACGUGUCGGCGCUGAACCCGUUCGUCGCCUCGAGCAGGUGCGCAAACGUCAGCUUCCUGAGCGGCUUCUCGAACGCGGCCACGUUUAUGCUGAGCGGCUCGAGCACGCCGGAUAAUUUCCACGUGCUGCUGCUGGAGGUCGGGAGGCUCUCGAUGUACAUCUCACGCUUCUCGUCCGUCUUGCGGCUCUUUCUGGCGCGCAAGAGCGCGUAG